GCUUAAAAAGGCAACUAAGAAGAGCGUGGUUAAUAUGGCCCGAUACUACCACCACGAAACGGUUCAAAUGCACGGCACAAAUGACGAUAUUCGAAGCAACGUUCGCCGAGGACUGGCUAUUACAACAGCUAGCAAUUACCGGCCGGAGCGCUCGAUGCCGCCGCCAAGUGCAAUCGCGUUUGGGCCUUCGCAGAGAGGCCGCAGCAGCAGCAGCAGCAGCAUUGCUGGCAAGAAGCGAUUAUCCAGCCAGAUUGGCGCCGCCCUCCCCCCCAGCAAGCGAUUUUAUUCGGCAUCCCCAACAAAGGCUAGCGGCGACGCAAUAUCGAACCGGGUGCACCGACGUGUCAUCCUUUGUGACUAUGGAAAGCCCAUUUACAAAGCAGGCUCUCGGUUAGCUUUCUUUGCCGCGCUGGAAGGUUGCAUUGAGGGACACGAGUCCUUGCACAAGGCCGGCCUCCUACAUAGGGACAUUUCGAUUAACAAUCUCCUAAUUAACGAGGACGGCAACAACCCUUCCUGGCCUUCCUUUUUGAUUGACCUGGAUCUCGCCGUACGAAAGCGACGAAAGUGCCCUUCCGGAGCAAAGGGCAAGACCGGCACGCGGGCUUUUAUGGCCAUCGGUGCCCUUUUCGGCAAGCAACACUCCUUUAUGCACGACCUCGAGUUAUUCUUCUGGGUCUUAUUCUGGAUAUGCGUCCAUUAUGACGGGCCAGAUAAGAGCAGAGUCGUUCCUGAGUUUGACCAGUGGAAUUAUAUCAGCAUGGAAUUGUUGGCGAAGGAGAAAAAGGGACAAGUGUCUUACGAAAGGGACUUUAUCAAAUCCGCAGAAGAUAACUUUACGCCACACUACCAGCCGUUGAUACCUUGGGUUAACAGACUACGGAAAGCGGUAUUUCCGAACGGUGGGAGAUGGGAAAAAGAGGAGAUAGGAUUGUAUGCUCGGAUGAGGGAAAUCAUUGGGGAAGCCCGCAGGGAUCCAAAGGUGUCGGCGUAG